CCGGAUUAUUUUGGCCCAUGUAAGUAAAACACGUAGCGAAGGACCAAAACCUAGAUAUUGCCAAACGAAGGCCCAUUAAUAUGGCCGCGCUUUUCGGCCUCUUCUCUUCCGCAUUCGACAGCGGUAGUAAGACUAAAUCUCUCUCUCUCUCGCUCGUCAAGCUACAACGACGACCCGAUUCCGAGUUAAAAAGAUUGGGAGUAAUGGACAACAUAGUAGAUUCCUUAAACAACGCCUAUCAAGAAUUCGUUGCUGCGGCGGCUAAUGUUCUCGAAACAAAGGAGUCUUCGGCUGCCCAAAAGACGGCAGCCACGGAUGCUGCCUUGGAAAACUUUAAGCAGAAAUGGGAAUUGUUCAGAGUGGCUUGUGAUCAAGCGGAAGAGUUUGUUGAGUCAAUCAAACAAAGGAUAGGGUCCGAGUGCCUUGUCGAUGAGGCCACCGGCUCUAUGGCUGGGAAGUCGGGUCAGGCCCUGACAACUGGUCUUCCUCCCAUUAGUGCUGUUCGUUUGGAACAGAUGAGUAAAGCUGUCCGGUGGCUUGUGAUUGAGUUGCAGCAUGGUUCGGGAAGCGCGGGUGGUGCAGCUCAUGCCCACCCUUCGGCCCCUUUCGAUGCUAGAUUCUCGGAGGAUGCUGCUCAGUAGGUAUAGGGUUGUUGUUUUGUACACAGGAACUCCACAAGCCUCUCUGGAUGUCUGCCGGGUGUGGAUUUUGUUAUUCAGUGUUCAUUUCCUUAUUUACAGUUAAAUAGACACGUGGUAAGCAUUGAAAGUUGCUUGCGGAGUGAUAAUAACCAUAGGUAUAUCAAUUUAUGUUGUUUGAGUUAGUUGUAGAAUACUAAUGGCAUGGCAUUUUCUGUUUUACUAAUCCAAGUCUAAAAAAUUAUGUAAAUUGUAAUGCAAGGCCAUUGUUUCCUGGGAAACAUCCCCUCUCAAAGCUAUGUACUUUUAAUCACCACAAGUUGGAUAAACUCAUUAUCUUUUGUUUAGGUAUCAUUAGACGUGACUUGUAUAGUCCUACCAAA